AUGCUCAAAAAUGCCGGAUUUGAUGACAUUGUUAUUAGCGACUUUUAUGAACCUUUUGAGCAGCUCUUGGCUGCAGUUAACCCCGAUGACCAGGACGAGAGAGCGUUCACAGAAGAGCAGCUGUUGGAAGCAUUCAAUAAUGCGGAAAAAAGUAACAGCAUUGUUGUAUUCCUGCGACUCAUUGUCAGCGCUUUUUUGAAACUUCAUGCGGACGAAUACUCACCUUUUCUUACUGCAGCGCCUGGUGAGCUCGAGCCACCGACAAUGGAAGAGUUUUGUAACCGCGAAGUUGAUGCGUUUGGAAAAGAUGCCGAUCACAUUCAAAUUACAGCACUAGCUACGGCUCUUCGAGUCAGUCUCGACGUCGUCUAUCUAUCAAGCUCCCAAAAUGUACAAGGCGAGGACGGCUUCACCUUUCCAAGCAACAUGAUGGAUUCACCUAACAAUAUCACUGCUUGUGAUAUUGUACAUUUCGAUGUGGACCAGGGACAGAUGCUGAAUAUUGGAAGUCUCUUAUAUCGACCAGGACACUUUGAUCUACUCGUAGGCACAGAUACCUGA